AUGGAGGAUUUGAAGCAGGGUCAGAACUGGCAAGGACUAGAUGGCACAGCCAUUAUUGAGGAUAUCAGAAGGUUCUUUGGUGUUGUGCCUCCUGGAAAGCGACAAGAACGUGAGACUGUGAAGAAGAAUGAAAAAACUAAAAAUGCUGAAGGACUCUCAAGUGGGAAGAAAAAGGGAAAUGAGGCUAAGGUGAAUAAUUCACCCAGUGAAGAUGAUUCCAAACAAAAGCGGAUGAAAAAGAAAAGAAGAAUAAUCUAUGACUCAGAUUCAGAAGAGGAGGUGCAGUCAGUGAAAAAAUCCCAGGAGCCACCUGAGAAAAAAGCAGCUACUUCAAAACUUGGUAAACUUCUAAAGCAGGAUCCUGUUGUUUAUAUUUCAGAGACAGAUGAAGACGAUGACUUUGUCAGUAAAAGAGUUUCCCUGAAACCAAAGGAGAAUGGGACGUCAGCGACUGGUUGUCCAGGAGGAAGUGCUGUUGGGAAGGAAAGUGUAAAACGACAAGCAAAAAACAAACCACUGUCUCUAGUGAAACAGACUCCCACCUCUGCACUGGAUUACUUCGGGACAAGUAGUGUCCAGAGAUCGGAAAAGAAACUGGUAGCAAGUAAAAGGAAAGAACCUUCACAAAGCAGAGACAGCACUCUAGAUGAUGAGGCCAUUGCUAGGCAACUGCAGCUUGAAGAAGAUUCAGAGCUGGAGAGACAGCUGCAUGAGGAUGAAGAAUUUGCUAGAACUUUGGCCAUGUUGGAUGAAACACCACAGAAGAAAAAGGCUCGGAAGGAUGCAGAAGGAGAGCAAACAGUAUUGAGCAUCAACAGCAGUUCUAACGUGACUGAAAGAUCUAAGCAGUCAGAAGGAGUGGAAGCAACAGACUCAACAGGUGAAGCAAAGAAUUACACUGAGAAGCCACAAACUAAAUCUGACCAGUCAAAAAGCUUUUGUUUAUCCCCACAAUCAUCUGAUGGUAAGACAAGAAGAGAGUUGGCAGAGAAGCCCUUGCCUUUGAAAGCUGGCUCUAGGCUCGUGUCUCCGAAAAAAAAAGAGGAGAUUGCUGAAAAGGAAAGAGGUGCUCAGAAUUCAGUAUCAAAAGAAAAAACUGCUUCAGGGAAAGAAGAGAAGACAUCACCAAAGAAGGAGAAAAUUUCUCCCAAGAAAUCUGAGUCUGUAAGUCCUGAGGACUCUGAAAAGAAGAGAACCAAUUACCAAGCCUACCGAAGCUUCCUGAAUCGUGAGGGCCCAAAAGCUUUGGGUUCCAAGGAGAUACCUCAGGGAGCUGAAAACUGCUUGGAAGGCCUGACAUUCGUAAUUACAGGAGUUCUGGAGUGUAUUGAGAGAGACGAGGCCAAGUCUCUGAUUGAACGUUAUGGAGGAAAAGUAACUGGCAAUGUCAGCAAGAAGACAAACUAUCUGGUUGUGGGGAGAGACUGUGGCCAGUCCAAGUGUGAAAAG